GUGCUUUCGUCAGCCAGCCGGUUGACGGUCCAGUCCAGCCUGCCGCUAUUUUAUAGGUGCCAUCGCGGGUCGGUCAGUGGUACCUUUUUUUAAAUUUGUUUUGUGCAUUUUGUAUCGGCAAGUGAUUUGCAGCCAUGAUUCCCAUCUGAUUUAUAACUUUGUCGGCACUGGUCAAAAGUGUCCUCAUCCUUCCCCUUACGGCCGCUCAAACACCUCCAAACGGUGUGUGAAGCUAAAACUUCUACUUUAAAAAAAGGAUCGAGGAAUAAAACAUGCGGGACGAUCCUUUGCAGCCAGUGCCAUGGACGAGGAUGGAAGAGCUUUUGGAGAAACUGCUGUCGGAUGUACCAAAUUCGCUCACAGUGUAUGGAAUGGUGCAAACAGCUUUACUGUGGAAACAAACCGAAGUCUCCCAUCGGUUUGGCAUGUAUACCACCAGUGAUCGGUUUGAGGGAGCUGCAAUAGUCGGGAUUUUUAAAAUUUCUGAUUCUCAUGACUACAGAGUGACGGUCUAUUGCUUCGGAGAAGACACUUCAAUGCUGCAGGAGGCCCUGCUGAGGACAAAUCGGAUCAAAUGGAACUCACCAGAAUCGACGAUAUUCUUCACUGCCAUCCCCGAAAAACUCCUGCCAGUCGUGCAGCGGUGUGUUUCGGGCCAAGGUUUUGGCAUUGUACAGACAGAAAAUAUAGUUUACCAGUGGAAAACUCCCGAUCACCUGAAUUCCUUGAAUUACUCAUGUCCGCCGGAAGUUCGCGUGGCGCCCCUGGGUCUCGAGCACGUGGAACUAAUCCGGAAAAACUGGUCGAAUCUCCCGGCUUCGGCAGAGUACAUCGAGACGCUGAUCAAGCAGAACAUCAACUUGGGCGUCUACUCGCGUGCCACGGGGGAGCUCUGCGCCUGGGUGUUAUGCAACGAGUUCUGCGCCUUGACCAUGAUGCACACCAUAGAGAACCAUCGACGCAAAGGCUACGCGCAGCUCUUGUGCAACGCCUUGAGUGAGCGCCUCCUUCGAGCGGGCAUAAUCGCCAGGGCCGUCGUCAUGGAGGAGAACAAACCCUCCUUGAAGCUUUUCGAGUCCCAUAAAUUUAGGUCCAGCCGUGAUUUCUUCAUUUAUGUUCUUGCGAUGCCCCGUCGGGCUGUGGACAGUGGACAGUGGGAGAUUUAAAAUGCAAAAAAAAAUAGUUAUCGAUAGUUGAGCGCAUAGUCCAUCUUCAUUGGGACAAUUUAUAGAAAAAAAGAAAAUAAUUUGUUUAAGGCACUGAUUGAUUGAUUAGGGUUGGGGUUUGGAGGGUGGCUUGUGCAAACUUUAAUUGAGGGGCUUGGAGGACAAGACGCGCAAUUGCAGUUUUGCCAUAUUGAGAAAUACGUGUUUGAAGUUUGGAAAUUACGUGGAUCUUUAGGGCGGAAAAAAAG